GUGGGAAAAGAAAACUUAUCCUAUCUAUCGAUGAAAUUAUUGUGCAGCUUGUGGAGUGAGUGAUAGACAUGGCAGUUUCAGCUUCUCUAAUUCCGGUAUCAUCCACCACCACGACUUCGCUCACAUUCGGCACCAGAAAGCCACCCGCAUUUCCGUCUCUUGCUUGUCCAUUCAAGGGAUCCCUCAAGAAGUUGAACUCGACACCAUGCGGCUACACGGCAACGCUCAGGGUGCAGCUCAGAAGACCCCUCUCGGUGGUAGUGAACAAGGCGGCUUCUGCCCCUGCCCCUGCGGCGGGGGCUUCGAGCGUGCGGUUCAGGCUUGACAACCUGGGCCCGCAACCGGGUUCGAGGAAGAAGGCGAAGAGAAAGGGAAGAGGCAUAUCGGCAGGGCAAGGCGCAAGCUGUGGUUUUGGGAUGAGGGGUCAGAAGUCACGGUCUGGCCCCGGCGUCAGGAAGGGUUUCGAGGGUGGUCAGAUGCCCCUUUACCGUCGAAUCCCCAAACUUCGAGGAAUUGCUGGCGGUAUGCGUGCUGGGCUACCAAAAUAUGUCCAUGUAAAUCUGAGGGACAUAGAGGAUGCUAGAUUUAAGGAUGGUGAAGAGGUGUCUCUUGAAACUCUAAAGGAGAAGGGUGUGAUUAAUCCAUCAGGAAGAGAAAGGAAACUUCCUUUGAAGAUUUUAGGUGAAGGAGAGCUUAGUAAGAAGUUGACAUUUAAAGCCCGUGCUUUUUCAACAUCCGCAAAGGAGAAACUAGAGAGUGCUGGUUGUUCCCUCACUGUGCUUCCUGGCCGUAAGAAAUGGGUUAAGCCAUCUGUUGCUAAAAACCUUGCGCGUGCUGAAGAAUACUUCGCCAAGAAGCGAGCUGCUGCAGCUGCAUCUGAACCAGCUUCCGCAUGAAGUUGAAACAUUCAUGUGCAUCACAUGUAGAAAUCUUGUGGAUGUUGAUUACUGAAAGUUCCUCUUAGGUGCAAGUUUCCCUGUUCAGUGAUUGAUGUACCACUAUUUCGUGGCAAAUCUUGUACUUAAUUGAGUGGAUUUUAUCUACUAUUCUCACACUUAUUCAUGUAAAUUGUAUGUUUUAUAUUUUCCUUUUUGAUUUUGUGCUAUGAUUGAAAACAUGGUUCUUUGGUUUUAAUUUAGUUAAUUUUAAUUCUCCCUUAUUACCAUUCGAUGCCUUGAUAUGUGUGUUAAGUGUUUUCAGAGAUCACAGGGCAGGAAUGACUUAGAGAAUGGAAAGGAAGCAUGCAAAAGUGGAAGAAAUAUAAGAAGCUGAAAGAACUGCAAAGCUGUCAGCCCUGACCUCUUCGCAUUCAAUCGAUCAUAACUUGAGCUACAGAGGUUCAAAUGAGGCGGUUUCAGUUGCGUUGAAAAGCUAACAUCUGGGGCUUCGCAACGAUAUACAAUUUGCUAUAGUGGCAUGCAGCUAGGCGACGCGCACGCGCACAUUGGCGAAAAGUCCAUUGGCGCGCACGCGCAUUUAGCGCGUACGUGCGACAUGCGCGACAUACUGCAAUUGCAGAAAUCGUUGGGGGCGAUUUCUAGGCUGUUUUUGACCCAGUUUUUGGCCCAGAAAACACAGAUUAGAGGCUAUAGAGUGGGGGAAUCCAUUCAUUCAACAACUUUCAUUAUUCACAAUUUUAUGUUUUGAAUGUAGUUUCUAGAGACUCUAGGUUUUAGGAUUUAGGAUUUCUAUUAAUUUUAGGCGUAUUUCUUUCCAAUUCCAGGUUCAAUGUUCCUUUACUUUAAUUUCUUUUCUAUUUUUAUUUAUUCUAUUACUUUAAUUUAU